UGCAGAAGAGAGGCAGGCUAUAGGCUACAUUUAUCGAUAAAAUAAUUAAUUCCAAACAAACUCCUCCUACUCCCGUGAAACGUUCAACCCUUGUCUCCACCAUCCACACAAUAACUGCGAUGUCAAGUAGAGCAAGACUACAGCUUGCCUGAAGACGAGCGAACCGACCGCACUCCGUCAACCCAUUAACCGCACGGUCCAUAGCAAUUUCCAUUAUCCCGUACUGAAUUGUAAGCGGCGAGGACCACUGCAAUAUCGCCACUGAAUGAACCCGGACAGAGUGAGGGGGAAAGAGAACGAGAGAGACAGAGAACGAGAGAGACUAGGAGAAGGAGAACGGGAGACGGGGAGAGAGAUACGGGGUUUGGAGCUCUAUAUCUAGCCAGUGCUGGCAACGGCCGCAAGAUGCUGAGAGCCGCUCUGCUCCAACCAGCUGCUUUUACUCCCGUCUCAAAGCGCUGACAGCCAGUGAAGAGAACUCUAAAUGGGCGUUUUUACCGUCUGUGUUAAUUCUCAAGGAUCCACGGUUGGAUAUUUCGGAAAUGAAGCGCAUGAAAGAUGUGAGCAUCGAGAAGUGUUCUUAUAGUGUUUAGCCUAUCUACUGCCUCCUCAAGUCACUUCAGUGAAUGAGUAUUUAUUUUCAUAAUAAAUACACAUUUUUUAAAAAGGAUUUACAUUUUGACAUAGCAGGACUACCCAACUUUUCAGUGUGUUUAGUUGUCUGUUUUGCGGUCUCUGUCUGGGAAACAGAGAUCUCAGGAUACAUCAACUCCGUGGAAAACGGCGACUUGAGAUCUUCCCGCGACUGAACAACAUUUUACUGCUGUUUCACCCCUAUCUCCCUCUGCAAGCAUCUCCUUUGGGUGGGAUUGCGCCCGAUGCUUGCCCAUUGUUUGUCUCUUUGUUCCGUCCUGUCAUUUGUUUGUUUGUUUCACAGCAUGGCACGAUGAUUCACAUGCUUAUCCAAUAAAAUUAAUUCAAAUUAUGCAUGUAACAGUGGGGCCUAAUGCGUUCUGUUAUGCUAAAUUCCUAUGACUAAAUGCAAAAACAAGCAUCCCGUACCCUAAGGGUUUUGCCUUUUUGCCAGGACUUGGCAGAUCAGAUAAUCAGUGUUGAAGCCACUAAAAACAAGUCUGCGUGUGCCUCGUUGCAGUUACGCUGGAAAACGCAACCAAUGUGGCCCUCGGGAGCGGGGAGCAGGCAGCCCUGUCCGCGGGAGUCGGCGCUCCGCAGGGCGGCAAUCAGUGGCAACGUCCUCGCCCUGCCGCCGCACCACGUCCCCACGGGAAGGAGUGUCCGGGUCUUCAUCAGCGCCAACCCUGACGACACAGAAGCGGAGAGGAAUGCGCUGAAAGAGCAUGUCUACCCCAAACUACGGGACUUCUGCAGGGAGAACUACGGAAUUGAGUUCCAGGUGGUGGACCUGUACUGGGGUGUGGACCCGGAGGAGUGGGACAGCCCAGACCUGCAGCGCCUCAGGAUGAAGCUACUAGAGGACUGCCUCCAGACCUCCGCCGGGCCUUGUUUUGUUGGGCUGGUGGGGGAGAAGUAUGGCAGCAUCCGCGUGCCGGGGGAGGUGGAGGCUCCGGAGUUCGAGAUGAUCCUUGACGCGGCGGUGGAGGCGGGGCUGGACACGCACGUCCUGGAAGAGUGGUAUUGCCGAGAUGAGAACGCCGUGCCGCCGGCCUACUACCUCAAACCCAAAGCCCAAAUGUUGAAGAACUACCAGAACUCGAUGGAGUCGAGCAGUGUGGCCAAGACCAAGAACGACAAAGCGUGGAGGAACGUGUCUGAGGAGAUCAAGAGGAUCUUCCGGAGGUCGGUUCUGCAGCUCCAGGAGAAGGGAGCCAUGAAACCCCCUCAGGCCAAGAAAUUCCUCUGCUCUGCCUUGGAGGAUGAACUGGACUUCGCACUGGGCCAACAAACGCCAGCCUUCCUCAAGAAAUGUGUCUGCUACAUCCGCAAGAUCUCCAACUUCGACCGGCACGCCAAACUCCCGGAGAUGGCCAAGUACAUGGACAUUGUCGUGUCCGAGGACCGCGUCAUGCGCAACCAGGAGGCCUACGAGCGCCUGCUGAAGGUGCGCGACGAGUUCAUCCCGACGGUGGUGGCGUCGUCCAACCUCCGCGUCUAUUCGUCGGUGACACACUGCGACAUGAAGCUGGGCUACUCCCAGGAGGUGGAGAGCCACUACGUGGAAGGCCUCUGCAAGCAGUUCUACGAGGACAUGGUGGACAUCAUCCAGGCCACAGUGCAGCAGAACUUCGACACCGAGACGGACCCCCUGUACGACGAGAUCCUCCAGCACCUGUCGCUGUGCAAGGGCCUGUCCGCGUUCUACGAGUACAAGAGCGAGACGCUGGACCUGGUGCGCGAGUACAUGCUGCCCUCCAAGGGCAGUAGAACGAGCCCCAUGGUGGUCUACGGGGGUCCCUGCACCGGGAAGACUCUGCUGCUGGCUGAGGUGGCCAAACAGGCCUAUAUGUGGCUGCAGAAGGAGAUGGGCCCCGAGACAGACCCAGUGGUGGUGGUGCGCUUUGUGGGCUCCUCUGAGUUCGCCACAAACCUACGAACCCUCCUGCAGAGUGUCUGCGAGCAGAUAGCAAUCAACUACCGUUGCCUGAUCCACUUCCUGCCCAACAAGAUCCAGGAGAUGCGGGAGCUGCUGGUCAACCUCCUGAGCGAGUCCUCCUUCCACCGGCCCCUGGUCAUUGUCCUGGAUGCCCUGGAGCAGCUCUCGGAGGCCGACGAGGCCCGCAAGCUGUGGUGGCUCCCGACACACCUGCCUCGUACUGUCCGCAUUGUGGUCUCAACGUUGCCAAACAAGCACGGGAUCCUCCAGAAGCUGCGCUGUCUGAUCCACGACGACACGCGCUACAUAGAGCUGGUUCAGCGGGACCGUAAGGCGUGCAGUCAGACACUGAAGCAGCAGCUGUUGGGGGUGCGGAGGAAGGUGACCUCGGGGCAGCAGAUCUACGUCAAUGAGGCGCUGGCCAAGUGCACGUUACCCAUGUUUGUCAACCUCAUCUAUCGGGAGGUGGUGCACUGGCGCUCACACAAGGACGUGGACGAUCGCUCGCUGUGCUCCACGGUACACGAGAGCAUCGAGCAGCUCUUCUACUCGGUAGAGAACAAGCUGGGACAGAGGUUCGUGUUUAGGGCCCUGGGCUACAUCACCAUGGCCAAGGCAGGGCUGACAGAGGUGGAGCUGGAAGAUAUUCUGUCGUUGGACAACAGUGUUCUGGGUGAUAUCAUGGUGAGUUCCAAUCUGAAAAACCCUCUGAGGAUCUCCUACGACCUGGUGGCGAGGCUAAAGGAGGAACUGGAGGGCUACCUGAUCGAGAGGCAGGUGCGUAAUGUCACAUUGAUGGUGUGGGCCAAUAGGCACCUGCACCUUAUUGCCCAAAAGCUGUAUCUUAGCAACGAGGAGGACGUGCACCAAAUGCACAGCCUGCUGGCUGAGUACUUUCUAGGCGCGUGGUCAGGAGGCAGAAAGAAGAUCUUCCACUGCGACAACAACCAUUUCGCCUCCCUCAACAUCUCACAACACAAGAACCCCCACCCACAGCAGCCAUCUCACAAAGAAGCAUCCGCAGAGAAGUACUCCUACGAUAGGCAGACUCCAGAGCAACCCUGGGUGUUCCAGUGCAACCUCCUGGAGCCCGACAUCUUCUUCGUCAACCACAGGAAGAUGACAGAGCUCCUCUACCACCUCACGCGAAGCGGCCGCACAGAUGACCUGAUGUACGGGGUCAUAAUGAACUUCAGUUGGCUCUACACCAUGAUCAAGAUAGGGCAGUUUGAGAAGGCGUUGAACGACAUCGACAUGGCCUACAGCUAUUCCCAGGAAAAGGAACUGAAGUUCUUGGCCUCCACGCUGCGCAGCAUCAAGGUCAAAGUCAUGAAGAACCCGUCAUCCCUGUCCGCAGAGCUGCAGCAGAGACUCCUCCCAGUGGUCACCUCCCUGCCUAAACUCCGACACCUCCUCUUGGAGUGCGACAAAGACGGCCCCAAGUACUGCUCCAUCGUGCCACUCCACUCAUCGAUGGACGUCACCUACAGUCCUGAAAGGCUGCCGCUGUGUUCCAGCUAUAUGCAGAUUGUGGAGAUCCUUCCCACGUUGGCCCCCAACAUCGUUCUGGUGGCCCUGGAGGAUGGGUCCGUCAGCACCUGGGACGUGGAGAGCAGGCAGCUCCUACGGCAGAUUGACACGGCGCGCUCCGUUGUCCUUGGCAUUCGGCUAACCAGUGACGAGAAGUACCUGGUGGUGGCGACUACCAAGAACACGCUGCUCAUAUAUGAUAACCAUAAGUCCUGCCUUCUGUCUGAAGUGGACAUCAAGGGAUCCAAGCAGUGUGGUAUCACAGGAGGGGUGACGUUCAUCAACGGCUUCACCCUGUCUAGCCAUCACGCCUUAGCCUGGCUGGAGGCAAGUAAAGACAUCAACGUCAUUGAUCUGCUAUACGGCUGGCCCCUCUACCAGUUCCACUGCUGGUACGAGGUCACCUGCGUCCAGUGCUCCCCUGACGGAAUGUAUGCCUUCUGUGGGCAGUACCUCAACACCACAUCUGUCUUCCAUCUGGGGACUGGAGACAAACUGGCCACGGUCACGUCCGAGUUCUCUGGGGGAUUUGUCAAGUCUAUCUUAGUCCUGGACACCAUUCACCAGAUGGUGAUGAUCGACAAUGAGGGGAGCCUGUCAGUUUGGAACACCAAAGAGAUCACUAAUCCAAAACUAAUGGAAGAUUACGACUGCAGAGGGGAUGAGAGUGAGGUGGUGGGAAUCGAGCUCUCGGAAGACCAGCGCUCCAUCCUCAUCUGCAAAGACAAGAGCAUUGAGGUCCUAGACACCAAGUUGUGGAAAAUGGCAGAGAAGUUUAAGGCUAAACGUGCCGAGCGUUUUGUGGCUGCUGUCCUCUCCAAAAAUGGCCAAAGUAUCGUGGCCUCAAUGGAAAACACAUCAUCUAUUUUUGUGUGGAGGAGAGACAGUGGGCAGUGUAUGGCCAGCCUGAUUGAGAUCUCUGGUGCCAUCGUGAAACUAAUCAAGUCCACUCACCACAACCUGCUCCUGUCUGUGGCUAGCAGUGGAGUGCUUUCAGUCUGGGACAUUGACAUCAUCACCGCCAUGUCCAACAUUGACAAAACAGGCAAGAGGAUCCAGAGUUUACAGCUCUCUGGAAGGGAAGACUUUGUGUUCACCAUGGACGGCUCCGAAGCUAUUCACAAGUGGAACUUCAGCACCGGAUUCAUUGAGACUAUCUUCAAGCAUGAGGGCUUGGUGGAGAACUGUGUGCUGACCUCUUCUGGGGAUCUCAUGGUUACGUCGGAUGACAAGUGUAGCCAGUAUGUCUGGCACACAACCACAGGCGAAAACAUUUUUCGCAUCAAUGGACAGAAGAUAUCCCAGCUCCUGAUGACUCACAACGACCAGUUUGUGGUUUCCCUCUGCGAACAGAACUGCUCCAGAGUCUGGAGGCUGGCCACUGGACACAAGGUGUGCAACAUCCUGGUUACCCUUCAGAAUGCACUGAUCACCACCGCAAAUACCUUCAUAGUGGGAACCACUAAAAACAAGCUGCUUGCCGUCAGCCUCUGGUCAGGAAGUAUUUCCAAGAAGUUUGUCUGUGACGAUGGUAUUAGCAUUGUCAACUUCAAGCUCAUUCCCGACUGCCCUGACUUUGUGGUAUUCAUUACAUCUACAGAGACUGUAUUUAUUUGGAGCGUGGCAGAUGAGUCUGUCUGCAGACGUGUCCAGCUGCCUACUAACUUCCUCAAAAACCUGGAGGACUUUCAGAUUUCCCCCAAUGGCAAACUAGGCAUUGUCUCCAAGGGCGAUGAGAACGUUAACGUGUUGGACCUUCACAGCGGGAAGCUAAGACUCGUUCACGCCGCCGGUAUUAUCUGGCGGCAAAAGCUGUCCAGGGACGGGCGAUACCUGGUAUACGUUUGCUUCCGGAACUGUGAUGAGGAUGACGAAGUGGGCGUGGUGUCCAACCUAAUCGUUAUGCGCCUGGCAGACGGGAAGAGCAUAGGGACGUGCUCCCUCUACAAAACGCCCACCUUUCUCUGCCUGUCCCAGCGUGCGCUCAACAUUAUCAUCGGCUUCGAGGACGGAAGCAUCGGCACAUACACGGUGGUGGACCGCGUGGACGCCGCGCUCAAGAUCAAGAUCGCCACGUCCAACAGCCGGCAGAUUGUCAACAACGCCUCGCAGAAGGUGCGGCCCAAAUGCGGCAACCACAGCUUCAAGACCAUCGCCGACUGCGUGUGGAGGGAGUCCACCGAGGUCUUCUCCAGGGAUAGUCCCAUCAACGUGUCCGACUCAGGGGAGCCGGAGAGCACCACUCCCACCAAAAAGAGUGAACUGCUGCAGUGAGAGUGUGGGUGGAGAUGAGGGAGGGGUGCAGUUGACUCUUGUUUACAGCCACCUGAUUCAGCUGCAGAUGCCAGUCCUCAGUAUAGCCUACUCUGGUCUGAAUGCUAACAUAACGCUGCACUCAAGUCAUGUAUUACUAAGACCUACAGACUAUGGUGUUUGUUUUUUCAUGAUGACGGUUAGAUUCUGAGUAGUUUUUAAUUGUAAAAAUACAGUCACUCUUAAAACGAUUGGCCCCCUAAAUAUAGACGAACAAAAAAGCCUUUUGAAAAUAAGCAACACCGAUAUUGAAUUGCAAUUUUACAACUUGCAGAGCAGAUUGCACUUCAUUCAUUAUUUAGGGGAAUGUUGUUCCCAAAUUAUUGGCACCCACAUUUCAGUACUUCAUGUACCUCCCCUUGCAGAGUUUUCUACUGAGCCUUGUCCUAUAUUGUUCAUGGGAUUGAACAAAUACUGCAAGGGAUCUUAGAUAAUUCUUCCAUACAGCAUCUCUCAUAACCCUUGAUAUCCUUCAGACUUAUUUUGGUCAAAAACCUCAGACUCCACACUUGAAUCCCAUUGAAAAACCUGUGGUUUGAACUGAAGAGGACAUUCCAUGAAAGCAGAGAAUGGAAUCUCAAGGAUCCAUAAAAAAUUGUAAUGUAAGGCUCAGUGCACAAAGUUCUGAAAACAAGGGCUCCAAUCAUUUGGAAAUUUUUACUCGUACAAUUUAGGAAAUAUGUCAUUCUGGUUAUUUCCCUUGAAUCAUUAAAAAUCAUAUUUAUGCCACAUUGAAAAAAUGCAAUACCUGUGUAUUUUUGCUCAUUUUAUCAAGGGCCAAUAAUUUUUUAAGUGACUGUAUAUAAUAUAUACAUAUAUAGGUAACUAUAUAUAGAGUACCAGUCAAAACCUUUGGAGACACCUACUGUUUUAAGAGUAUUUCUUUAUUUAUACUAUCUACCACAUUGUAGAAUACUAGGGAAAACAUCAUAACUAUGAAAUAACACAUGGAAUCGUGUAGUAACCAACAAUGUGUUAAACAGAUCAAAGUACAUUUAAUAUGAUUCUUCAAAGUAGCCAUCUUUUGCCUUGAUGACAGCUUUGUAUACUCUUUGCGCUCAGCUUUCAUGAGGACUGCCAGAGGAAAAGAAGACCCAGAGUGACCAGCUUCCUAACUGGCAAUUAACUGCACUUCAGGAUGCAGUCCAAAUAAUGCAUCAUAGAGUUAAAGUAAAAGACACAUCUCAAUAUCAGCUGUUCAGAGGAGACCACUUGAAUCAUGCCUAUUUUGUCGAUUUGCUCCAAAGAAGCACCUACUGAAGGACACCACUAAGAAGAAGAGACUUGCUUGGCCUGAGAAACAUGAUCACUGGAGAUUAGACCAGACUUCUUAGGGAGUUUUUCCUAGACACUGUGCUUCCAAAUAUUUGUUGCUUGAUCCUUGGGGUUUCAGGCUGAUGAUUUUCAACUGCUGAUGUAAAAGGGGCUUUAUAAAUACAUUUGAUUAAUUGAUUGACCAGUGGAAAUCUGUUCAAAUUUGAGAUUUUUUAUUUGAACCACCUCGUGUUUAUGAGACGCAUGGUGGGUGAACGGAUGAUCUCAGCACAUGUGGUUCUUACGGUGAAGCGUGGAGGAGGGGAUAUAAUGGUAUGGGGGUGCUUUGCUGAUAACACUGGCUGUAAUUUAUUUAAAAUUCAAGGCACACUCAACCAACAUGGCUCCAAAGCAUUCUUCAGCAAUCAAUUAUCCCAUCUGGGUUGCGAUUAAUGGGACUAUAAUUUGGUUUCAACAGGACAAUGACCCAAAACCCACCCAAUUGAGAUGGUUUGGGAUGAGUUGGACCGCAGAGUGAAG